GACCACACAGUCUGAUAGUUUAUAUAUCAAUGAUGAAAUCUUAACAUUGCAACACAUGCCAAUACGGCCGGGUUAACUUAUAAAGUGCCAUUUUAAAUUUCGCGCCGAAAUAUCCUGCUGAAAACGUUUCGGUAUGAUGGCGCCUGCGCGUGACGUCACGGAUUGUAGAGCACAUUUUGGGACAGCACGGUGGCCAGCUAUUAAGUCGUCUGUUUUCAUUGCAAAAUUCCACAGUAUUCUGGACAUCUGUGUUGGUGAAUCUUUGAACAAUGGAGACAGCAAAGAAGAAAGCUGUAGUUUGUAUUGCGGCCGGCUGCAGCAACACAAACACAGACGGUGUUACAUUGUUUUCAUUCCCGAAAGAUGACAGUCAAGCUUUACGAUGGAACAGAGAGGUCAAGCGAACACGGUUGGAUUGGACCACACACACAGAAAGUCCAGUGUAUUAUGCAGCAAUCAUUUCGAAAGAUCGUGUUUCGAAGAGGGUCCCUUGCUUAGGGCAGAGAUGGGCAUCGCCACCCCCCGUCGACUGGUGCUGAAGAAAGGGGCGGUGCCAACUAUUUUCAACAGACCAUGGCCAGACAUCAGUGGCAGUGUCACUGUCAGUGCUCCCAGUGCCAGUGCUUCGACAAGUUCAGACCACCCCACCCCCUCCUCAAGUGGACAGACCGUGCACAUGAGGUCUGCAUUUGCCAAAAGGGAAAGGAAGAGGACAAUAGAUCAGAUCAUGGCCAGUACGACUACGGCAUCAGUGGCGGAUGCGGUGGAUGAACCAAUGGCAAUGGCACUGGAUUUGCCUGAUGAGGAGGGCCAUCAACAUCAGCUGUUUCUCCAUUACCAGGGAAAUACAAUAGAACAAGGAUGCCAGACGAACUGGGUAGCGAUUGGGACAGCACCAACGGCAAUGACUAGUAGCAAGAGCACCCAAACAGGGAAAGUACAUCAUAGAUCAAAGGAACACCAGGUGACCCCAGAGAUCCUCGAGAGGGUUAGAGCUCGGCCAGCCAGGGUUUGUGAAGUCCCAUCGUCAAGUGUGGCAGCUCCAUCUGACAGCCCCGAGAUGCAGCCCAACAUAGCAACUCCAGACGUCCAGCAGCUGAUCUGUAAUCCAGAAGAAGUUUCCCCUCAGUUAGGGGGGAGCUCCACUUUGAAGCAGGAGACUCCACAACCACCCUGCAUUAAAAAGGAAGAGGAGGAACUCUGCAUCACUCAGGAGGGAGAGUGUCUUCUAGGACGAGAGGAAGCUGAUUACACCAAGUUUCUACUGAGUAUUCUCUCUGUGAAGGAGACUCCACAACCACCCUACAUUAAAAAGGAAGAGGAGGAACUCUGCAUCACUCAGGAGGGAGAGUGUCUUCUAGGACGAGAGGAAGCUGAUUACACCAAGUUUCCACUGAGUAUUCUCUCUGUGAAGACUGAAGAUGAUGAAGAGAAACCAAAAGUAGACAACCUCUUAGCUCCACUAUCAGAUAGUGAGGCUGAAGACGAGAUUGAAGUAACUUUGAGCAGCGAUACAGACUGUGAAGGUGAUAUGAGGACUCACACUGACAACAAACACUCUGAAUGCUCUACAAAGAAGAGAGGUAAAACAUGUUUGAGCUGCUCAGUUUGUGCUGAAAGUUUUACUAAAAAGAGCAGUUUGACUCUACACAUGAGAACACACACAGGUGAAAAACCCUUUAAUUGUUCAGUUUGUGGCAACAGCUUUUCUGGAAAUGGCUCAUUGACUCAACACAUGAGAACACACACAGGUGAAAAAACAUUUAAGUGUUCAGUUUGUGGCAACAGCUUUUCUCAAAAUAGAAAGUUGACUCGACACAUGAGAACACACACAGGUAAAAAACCCUUUAAUUGUUCAGUUUGUGACAAAAGCUUUUUUAAUAAGAGCAUUUUGACUCAACACAUGAGAACGCACACAGGUGAAAAAACAUUUAAGUGUUCAGUUUGUGGCAAACGCUUUUUUAAUAAGAGCAUUUUGACUCAACACAUGAGAACACACACAGGUGAAAAACCCUUUAAUUGUUCAGUUUGUGGCAACAGCUUUUCUAUUAAGAGCAUUUUGACUCGACACAUGAGAACACACACAGGUGAAAAAACAUUAAAGUGUUCAGUUUGUGGCAAAAGCUUUUAUUUUAAGAGCAUUUUGACUAAACACAUGAGAACACACACAGGUGAAAAACCCUUCAAUUGUUCAGUUUGUGGCAAAAGCUUUUCUCAAAAUAGCAAUUUGACUCAACACAUGAGAACGCACACAGGUGAAAAAACAUUUAAGUGUUCAGUUUGUGGCAAACGCUUUUUUAAUAAGAGCAUUUUGACUCAACACAUGAGAACACACACAGGUGAAAAACCCUUUAAUUGUUCAGUUUGUGGCAACAGCUUUUCUAUUAAGAGCAUUUUGACUCGACACAUGAGAACACACACAGGUGAAAAAACAUUAAAGUGUUCAGUUUGUGGCAAAAGCUUUUAUUUUAAGAGCAUUUUGACUAAACACAUGAGAACACACACAGGUGAAAAACCAUUUAGUUGUUCAGUUUGUGGCAAAAGCUUUUCUAUUAAGAGCAAUUUGACUCCACACAUGAGAACACACACAGGUGAAAAAACAUUUAAGUGUUCAGUUUGUAGCAAAAGCUUUUCUUUUAAGAGCAGUUUGACUAAACACAUGAGAACACACACAGGUGAAAAACCCUUUAAUUGUUCAGUUUGUGGCAACAGCUUUUCCCAAAAUAGCCAUUUGACUAAACACAUGACAACACACACUGGUGAAAAAACAUUUAAGUGUUCAGUUUGUGGCAAAAGCUUUUCUAUUAAGAGCAGUUUGACUAAACACAUGAGGACACACACAGGUGAAAAACCCUUUAAUUGUUCAGUUUGUGGCAACAGCUUUUCUCAAAAUAGCCAUUUGACUCGACACAUGAGAACACACACAGGAGAAAAAACAUUUACCUGUUCGGUUUGUGGCAAAAGCUUUCCUCAUAACAGCUCUUUGUGGCGACACAUGAGAACACACGCUGGAGAAAAACCAUUUAGUUGUUCAGUGUGCUGUAAAAGGUUCCCACAUAAUGCAGACGCAGUAAAACACAUAAGAACACACAAGGGAAAAUAACCAAUUAGCUGUUUAGUUUGUGGUAUGUUGCUCAUAUGUGGUGACAUCCACCCUACCCAGGACCUCCUCACUGCUUCUUUCACAAAUAUCUGAGGUAUUCAUACAAACUUGGAUUAUUUGGAGCAUAAUCUUAUCCACUCAUGACCCCAUGUCUUCUCUGUAUCUGAAACAUUGCUGAACAGUAAGAUAGAUGAUGCUUCAAGUGCUUGGUUACUCCUUCUUCAGCCCAGGGACCUCAUGUGUCAAGUUUGUGCACGCUCAAAAACCUGCACUACACCCUUUUUCACUGCAAAGUUGAGAUGUAUCAAAACUGACGUUGACGCAUAAGUGAUGCUGGGUAACUGUUUGCAUAACCAAGUGCCAACUUUUACUCCUCAGACUGGUUGAUGUGCAAAUCAGAGACUAAUGAACAAUUAACCCCCAACACCCACAACCCAACCCCCACCUCCCUCGACAUUCGGGCAUAACAGGUUCAAUCCGGCCCGCGAGAUGAGUUUGCAAAGUGUAAAAUUCAGCUGUAUUUUUAAUGAAAGAAACUGCUGUUCUAAAUGUGUCCACUGGAUGUCACAAUAGCAAUUCUGUUAGGCAAGCAAAUAGCAUAGCAAGUAUACCAAGCAAGAGGUAGACGGUAAAGCGGGGCUGUGACUCCUCCCCCUCCACCCAAUGUAAAACAGGAGUAAAAUAAGCAAUCAGUAACCCCACUUAAAAUGCAGCAUGAGACACUGCACACUGAUAUAGUUCUGUGAAAAUGAUUGUCUUCUGUGCAAAUGUAAAGAAAGUGAACAAUGUGUGAUUUACUGCAAUACUGUCAGUCUUUUCACUUUUUAUUUGUGCUUUGUUGAAAUUGUUCACAGAUUGCACAGCUUUUAUUUUUCUAUCAAUACACAUUAUGUCUGUCAGACAGGAAGUAACUCAACACUCUUGAAAAGUUUCUACCUCAGUUUGUAUGGUUUGUUGAGUUAGCACACGAUUAAUAUGUGGAAAUGACAAAUGAGGUAGUUGAUAGAAAGAAUAGUUUUUAUUCAUGCUUUAUUUUGUUUUUUGUUCAAUCUUAGAUGGGUUGAGACUUAAAGUUUAAUAGAAACACUGAGAUUAAGUUUAAGUUCAUUGCGUUCUUUAAGGUGUUUUUGAAAAUGCACCAUUUUUUUCCCUCAGAAUUUUUAACUAACUUGAAGUGUUUUGUCAAGAGGAUUAUUUGUGAUGUGUACAUUUUCCGAAUGUGAUCGUUCUAUUUU